AAAAAACGAAUAAGCAAAUUACGAAAAUUCCGCAAUAAAAAAACGUUAAGCUUUUUUAAAUUCGCUUUUAGGAUAAACCAAUACUUUACAAACCCAAACCUUGCCCUUUUCGGCUUUAACAAAAUAGCGGAAACAAAGGGAAUAAACGAAUGCCGGGCUGUUAACGACUUAACGGCACCCAGUAAUACCGCGCCAUUUAAAAGCCAAAGCGCAACCAGCACGGGAACCCUUCGAAACCGUACGGUUGCAAUUACAAGCUUAUUUAUUACUAAGGAUUUAAUUUUAACGCAGCACUUUACGUGCACAACCGUUUCGCUUUUAAGUUGUAAACCGCUUGGUACGGUUACGAUUGGGCUUUAA